AUGUCAUGUAAUAUUAAUAUAAAAGAGUUGAUUAUAAAGAAUGUAUUUUCAAAUAAAGUAUUAUGUUUAAGGAUAUUUGAAAAGGUGUCAGAGAUUAAUACAGUGUGUUGUCCUGGUAGAAAGACACUCAAAGGAAAACAGUUAAGAAAGAGAUCGUUAGAGACCUCUUUGAGAUAUGGUGCAAUACACAUAUUCAAAGAGAUAUACAAUAGUAGGAUUGUUGGGACUGGGGCAGUGACGGUGGAUAUACAACGAUACCUUUUACUUGCACUUCAAUACGGUACUGCCUAUGACGAGGUGUUUGCGUUGCUAUUCGACCCCCAAAAGGUGUUGAUGGACGAUUACAAGCUUCUCACUGCCGUAUUCAAGUAUGGUAACGUCGAUACGUACAAUAUGAUCAAACACACAUUGUCCCAGACCAUCAUCUUUAAUGCACUUCCUCAACUGAUGCACGCCCGUUCUGAAACACUAGCACACGCAACACUACUACAAAUCAUUCAAGACUUGUACAUGUAUCCUCACCAAUGGGAACAAGUGUUGGUCGAGUCGAUUCGAGCUGGUUUCAUGUCAAUCUUUGACUAUCUCUAUGAAUUGCUCCGUGAAUCCACUGACAAGACUAGCACCACCAACCCCAACAGCUUUCUCAAGGAGUGUCUUCAAGCUGCCAUAGAGUCGGGCAACGAUGCCAUGUUUUUCCAUUACCUCAAAGUGUCAGAGAUCAAAGACAUUAAUGACCACAACGAACUAUUGCCCACAGCCAUCAAGAAUGGGACACUAGCCAUAUCAGCCGCCUUUAGUCUGAUGGACAAGUUUGACUAUAGCAAGAUCGACUUUGACAAUGUCCAUUUGUCCAUUCUAAAGAAUCUCUCGUCGUCAUCGAUCAAAGUAGAGGCUGAUGCAAGGGCAUUAUUGUCGUUGAUACCUAGUCUCAAGGACAAAGAGGUGCGUAUAGCAUUCUCAAGCUUUACACGUGACCUGAUGGCCAAACCCUACCGUUCAUCUUUUGAAUGGGCCAUUAAAACAGAUUAUCUCCCAUUGGUUGAUAUAUCAGUGUCUAGGUUUAAAGAGUGGAGCAUAUUACCAGCACACAAACACUAUGUGGUGAGUGCUGCUGCCCACGGAUCGAUGGAAGUGCUAAUGAGAUUGGAGAAAUUAAAAUUUGCAUUUAGUUUGGAUGCCAUUCAAGAUGCAACUACCAACGGUCACUUGAACGUCGUUCGGUACAUACUCGAGAAUAAUCUUGUACCAGAGGUACACCAAAACUCGGCUAUUUAUAAUUUGCCUACUGGUGACACGUCUGAAGCAUUUAUUAAAUUGUUUAUGACACAUGAAAUCAUAGUUUGGCCAGAACAUUAUUUAACAAUGUUGGAAAACCAAAAUAUAAAAGAUUCAACAUUACUUCAAAUAAUUAAUAGACGAUUAGUGGAUUUGGAAUCAGCACCAAUGUUGUCUAGUUUAAUCGAUACUGUUGCAAGAGUAGGCAGACUCGUACUGCUACAAUACCUAACAACCAAUUUUACAAGGGGACUCGUAUCACCUCGAUCAAUUGAUCAAGCCUCUUCAAAUGGACACGCUUCCAUUGUCGAACACCUACUCAAAUAUUAUACCAUUCCAUUUUCAGGUGAUGCUAUUGACGGCGCCAUUGAAAAUAGUCAUUUACAGGUAUUGGAAGUAUUGUUGCGUUCAUUGGAUCGUUGUGAUGAAACCACUUAUUUUAGAAGAUCGGCAUUACAAACUGCAGUCAAAAGAGAUCACAUUGAAGUCAUUGAAAUGUUAUUACCUCGACUUCAAUACAAUGACUAUAUCUAUAGAGAGGCAAUUAAAAAUGAUAACUUUUAUAUUUCUAAAUUACUUUUUUCACAAAAUAAUAAUAAUAUUAAUAAUAUUAAUAAUAGUAACAAUAAUAAUAAUAUAGAUGAUUUAGAUUACCCAGAUGAUCAAGAUGAAUAUAAUCAAGAUUAUCAAGAUGAUGAUGAUGAAGACGACCAAGAUGAUGACGACCAAGAUAAUGAUGACGAUGAUGACAAAGUUAUUUUUUAUGGUGGUGAUGAUUAA